AUGCUUGUGAAAGACCAUAGCUUUAUCUAUACAGGACGGACCUCAGACGGACAAACUAUACACCAUGUCGAAAAGCAGAGGCAUCCUGCGUCACGCGCGACGCGUCUGGUAGAUGACUCCGAGCGUUUCUUCUUACUCUCCGUGUCCAAACGUGCAGAAGACGGGCCUCUGCGUCCAGAACUACGGCGCAUGGUCCAUGAGGGAAUUGAAGUCAGUGGGAUCUCGUACCGCUUUCUCGGUUUCACGGACUCACAAGUGAAGACCGGGAGGCUCAUGUUCUUCCACGAGGACGAAGAAUGGACCGUGGAUCGCCUGUUAUCUGCUUUCGGAGAUCUGCCUGGCGUGUACCUGAAGUCCGGAUACGGCAAAUAUUCCGCGCGCCUUGGCCUGUCCUUCUCAUCCACGGUGCAGUCACUUGAUGUUCCCCAUAAUUUCGCGCUCGAGAUCCCUGAUCUCGUGGCUGCAGACGGCUCUCUCCACAGCGAUGGGUGCGGUAUGAUCCGGGACAGUUUUGCGGCGCAGGUGUGCGCGCACCACGGGCUACCGCCUGACGCAACGGUAUUCCAAAUCCGUCGAGGGGGGAUCAAAGGACUUCUGGUCCGCUAUCCCGACAGCAAAUUCGACAACUUCACCGGCCGCUCGCGACCUCGCACCCGUGCCAGCGCCAGCACCCAGCCUGUCAUCGCUUACCGCCCGUCGAUGUACAAGUACGCCGGAGGUCCCACGUGCCUUGAGCUGAACCAGUACAACGCUGCUCCCGGCGCGGCGCGGCUCAACGUACAGUUCAUGGUGCUCCUGCUUACCCUCAGAGUGCCUGUUCCAGUAUUCGAACGCCUUGUACAAGACCAGCUCGAUCUCAUUGGGUGCAUCCUGACGAACCGAGAGAAAGCGCUCGACUACAUCCGCGGGGAGCUCGACUCGGGGAUCGAAGACGGCUUCAUGCAGGGCUUGUACGCGAUGCUCCUCGCCCGACAGGAGCUGACGGAGCCUCAAUUGCAGUCACGCCUGCGGACUUACCAGAGAACGCAGUACAAUAAUCUCCGGGAAAAGCUGAGCAUCCGCAUCCCGGAGUCGUGUUAUGUGUUUGGAGUCGUCGAUGAGGAUGGCGUUCUCGGCCCAGACGAGGUCUACAUUAACCUUCCGUCUCGGAACGGAGUGCUCGUUCGUGAGGUGGUCGUCGGGCGGAGCCCGGCACAUCACCCUGGCGUUGCAGAUAUUCGGAAGUUCCGCGCGGUGGAUCGCCCCUCUCUCAGGCAUCACCGCAACUGCAUCGUGUUUUCGUCGACCGCCCCGCACUCCGUUCCCGAUUCGAUGUCCUCUGGCGACCUCGACGGAGAUCUUUACUUCGUGACGUGGAACCAGUCUCUUAUCCCCCCAGAUCAGGCCGCACCCUUCGAGCGCACGAGCACCACAGCCACAGCUCCUACAUCACGACGCCAAAUCUCGAACAUGGCGCAAGACGCGGUGGACACGUUCAUGCAGCUGAAGUUCAAUACACUUCUGGGCUCGAUCUCGAAAACGUGGUCGGACAACGUCGAUAAGACACCGGAUCUUGCAAAGAGCGCAUACGCACUAGGCCUGGUGCCGCUGAUCGAGUCUGCGUUGGACAUCAUGAAGUCCGGAGAGGAUUACAAGCAGCUCAAGCGUCGCUUCAAAGGGCUAGGACAGCCUCCUCGGCCCCCCGCAGGUUUCGUCGGCCCCAUCCGAUCCCUGCGCGACAUGAUUCCUCUGGGCGAGCAAAACGAUCACCAAGUCAUCGACGCCUCCAAAUGCGAUCCGGCGCUCAUCGUGCGCAGCGAGGACACGACUCUCUGGUUACGCCACAACACGGAGGCGGUCCGGGUCAUGAUAGCCUUCAACCAGGAGCUGUCGCGCGCGAUCGCCUCACAGGAAUGUCAAGCUAUGCUGAGACAAGUGUCAGCUGCCACGGACUACGAGUCAUCGUCGUCUCGGCAUGACCACUUCAAUAAUUCCAGUCCGUCUAAGCCCCCAGAUGUCGUGACGCGAAAGUUCAAAGACAAGUACUUCGGAGGUGGAUCCCGGAAAGAGCAGAGCGAGCAACGGAUGCGUGCAUCAGCCUGGUACCAUUACGGCUACACUCAAGGCAAACCCGCUUUCGCGUGGCUUGGUGAACGCUACCUAAACGAGAUCAAAGCCUGUUUGUAUGACUCGGCUCGCAAGAUUCGUCCUUGCUCACUGGAGUACUCUUAG